AUGAGGAACCUGUGCGACGCGAUGAGUUCGACGGUAGCGGGGGCGGUGAUGACUAAGGGUGGCUACGGCAAGUCCAAGGGGACGAAGGAUGUUUGUCCAUCGCAGAAGGCAGCUCCUAGUUCUCAGUGGGUUGUAUCACUCACUACCUUAAGGUGGGACGAUAUGCUCAACGCGUUGUUGAUUGGAAACACCGCUAGCGAUAACAAGAAGAACCAUAUCAUUCACUUGGCCAUGAAGAAUGAUGAGGAGCUUGGCAAGCUCCUAGCCAGCGCGACGAUUUCCAAUGGUGGGGUUGUGCCCGAUAUCCACCCGACUUCAUUGCCCAAGAAGCAAGGUGGAGAGCGAAGGGUAGCUUUACCUGAUAUCUUCAUUGAAUUUAUGAUCCUUGUUCCUUGA